GGUUGCGAUCCUGAUGGUGCGAAGCACUUGUCUUCCGAACGUCGCGAUUAUAAUGGAGCAAGAUAAGAAUUUCGAUCUGCUCCUGUUAUAAGAUUGCGAAAAAACGCUUCAGUUUUAUAAACUCGCUGAUCGAAUAUUUUCAUUAAUUAACAAACGCUAAACAAGUAAACAAAAUUUGUGAGCGCAUUCGUCAAGAUGUAUGGGAUGCUGUUGGAAAGUGUGCAAUAUUUCGUGCAGCUAGAAUUUGGUGAAGAAGUAUGGCUUCGUAUUCUGGAGAAAGCUGAUUGCAAACACAUAGUUUUUAAUACAAGACAAACAUAUCCGGAUGAGUUAAUGACUAACUUAGCUACGGCUCUUGCCGUGUAUACUGGUGAAUCUGUGGAUAACAUUAUGCAAUUUUUUGGAAAGUGCUUCGUGAGAUUUUUCAGUAAUCUAGGGUAUGAUUGCACUAUAAAAGCAACUGGUCGUUACUUUUGUGAUUUUUUACAAAGCGUAGAUAAUAUUCACAUGCAAAUGAGAUUCACGUAUCCAAAAAUGAAAAGUCCCUCUAUGUAUACAACACAUGUCGAUCCACAGGGUGUUGUUCUGAUUUACAGAAGUACACGGCAAGGUUUCACGCAUUAUCUUAUGGGACAAUUAUUUCAAAUAGCAGAAGACUUAUAUAAUACAGAACUGGAUAUUAAAGUAUUAGAAAUUUCAAAUAAUAUUCCAGGAUCUCGAAGCGUAAUGGUUAAAUUUCGUAUUAAUUUCGACAACCAGCAAUACAUCGCGAAAAACAAUAGAAUGAAAACCCCGUUAAGCCGUGAAUUGUCGCCUGUAUCUUGUACAUUUUUCUUACGCCUCUUUCCCUUUGGUGUCGUCAUAAACAAGAACAUGCAAAUACUAGGAGCAGGAGAUAAAUUGCUUCAAGCAUGGGGUGGCACCACGUCCAUUUUAAACAGACACGUUACAGAAAUAUUCAAAUUAAGAAGACCGAAGGGAAUUUCGUUUACAUGGGGGAAUGUAAUAUAUUUGCAUUCAGUGAUAUUCGAAUUGGAACUCAUCAGAGCAAACGAUCAUCGUUCUUCGAUAAAUUCGAACGAUAUGCCAAGCACAAGCAGUAGUUUGGAUAGACGUGGAAGUCAAGGUGCGAGAAGUAUCUUGUUGAAGGGUCAAAUGAGAUACAUCGAGGACAUUAAAGCUAUUAUAUUUCUCUGUAGUCCUUUAAUCAAUAGUUUAGACGAACUUCUUAAUAUGGGUCUGUAUCUGAAUGAUCUGAAUCCCCACGGUAUGAGCAAAGAACUGGUGUUGGCAGGAUGGCAGCACUGCGGAAGAUUGGAAAUGAUGUUCGAGAGGGCAGAGCAGAGAUCGACGGAACUGGAAAACAGCUAUGCGUUGCUGGAUCGAUGGAAGAACAAGAGCGACGAGCUUUUAUAUUCUAUGAUUCCGCAAACAGUGGCAGAUCGACUGCGAGCCGGAGCCAGUCCAUUGAGCACUUGCGAGUCCUUUGAAUCAAUAACGGUUCUUUUCUGCGAAUUAUGCGACUUCGAUUAUUCGACGAUCGAGGGAGCGAUGGACAUCGUUUUAUCAAUGAACGCCGUUUUCUCCUGUUUCGAUACGCUGAUGGAUCAGUUUAACGUGUACAAAGUGGAGACUGUUGGUCGCGUGUACAUGGCAGCCAGCGGUGCACCGGAUAGAGAUGAAAAUCACGCACAGAACGUCGCCGACGUUUCCCUACAACUCAUCGAGCACGUACGAUCCCUCAAAUCACCCUCUGGACUGGAUAUACGAAUCCGCAUAGGAAUUCAUUCCGGGCCAGCGGUCGCCGGGGUCGUCGGUAUCAAAAUGCCGAGAUACUGUUUCUUCGGAGAUACUGUUAACACGGCCUCCAGAAUGCAGACCACUAGUCUGCCAGGAAAGGUGCAUAUUUCUUCUAGCACCAAAGCUCUAUUACUGAAAGAUCGUUAUCAUACCGAAUCACGUGGAGUUGUUUCGGUAAAGGUUGCAGAGAUAAAAGAAAAGAAUUUGCCUACCUCAAAUGCUCAAGUGCACUAUAAUAUCACAAAUGCUGAAAUUAUUCGCCCGACAAUAGACGAGGUGUCUUACGUCGAUUUCGAUCCUGCGUUUACAUUCCCUUUUAAAAAGCCGAAUGUUUGCAACGAUUGCGUUUGCGGUCUUGGACGAAAAACACGAAUUGUCGGCGGCAAUGUCACCAGCGUUUAUGAUUAUCCCUGGCUAGUUAGCAUGAGUAAAAGGGGCAAAUUUUAUUGUGCUGGAAGUAUAAUAUCAAGGAAGCAUGUACUCACUGCCGCUCACUGUUUGCAAGGAUUUGACAUUAGAACCAUCAAACUUGUUUUGAUGGAUAGCGAUCGUUCUUCAUUAGGCAGAAACGCUAUAGUUCGACGUAUUAAAUCGGCAGCCAUUCACGAAGAUUUUCAUAGUUAUACAUAUGAUAAUGAUAUCGCUAUCAUUGAGAUGGAUCAGCCUGUAUCUAUAAAUGGUAUUGUACGAACGGCAUGUUUACCAGAAGACAAAACAAUUGAUUACACUGGUGCACUCGCUACGGUCGUCGGUUGGGGUCGAACGGGCGAGACCAAGCCGGUAAGUGACGAAUUGCGUAAAGUAAAUUUGCCGAUUUUAUCACAAGAGGAAUGCGAUCAAGCUGGAUACGAGAAAAGUCGCAUCACCGAAAAUAUGUUUUGUGCCGGGUACAUACUACAUCCGGAAGGCGCGGUAGGAGGACGCGAUGCUUGUUUCGGCGAUAGUGGUGGUCCUUUACAUGUUAAAGGAAUUUAUGGACAACUUGAAGUAGUAGGAAUCGUUUCGUGGGGACGUGGGUGUGGACGUCCAAAUUUUCCUGGGAUAUUUACAAAACUGACGAAUUACAUGGGAUGGCUUAAAGAUCACUUAGAUGACGAAUGCAUUUGUCCUCCACCGCAUCGACAAUAAAAUAAGUUUGUUACUUAUUUGGUUAUAAAAUCACGUGGACAUAAUUAUCAUAAAAACAGUAAAAAUAUUAGUAUUUAUUUUAGUAUUUAUUAAAGUGAUCAUUAAGUUUAUGAGAGAAAUAGAAAAUAAUAGAGAAGAUGUUUACAUUAUUUUAAAUUCAUAUUUUAGUUUGAUUACAAAUGUCUAAUUUGUCUUAUAUAUAUUUCAAAUAUCUUAUAUGUUUUACGAGCUUCAUACUGUAUAAACAUAUGAAAAUUAUAUCUAGCUACUUUUCUAGAAUCAUUAUUAUCACGUUACUGUAUAUAUCUUCGCGCCAUUAAUUUAUUAUAAUUAUUAAUAUACAUAUAUAAUUACGUGCAUCUAGUCCAAUGUAUAUAAUAAAAUAUUUAUGUUCUGCGAUAUUAACUGUGUGCUACAAAUGUCUUGUAAAGUAAAAAAAAAGUGUAAUAACAAAAACAUAAUUAACUUUUAUGUUCUUAAUAUUAUAUUGUAUAUAAAA